ACGGGAGUACCGUAUACAAUUUAUUGUAUUGCAUUUAUAUUUUAUUACUUACGAUAUAUUGGUUUCACCGCUCAUUGUGAAGUAUAUACUUUGCUUACGUAUUAUAUAGAUACAGUGUAUUUAUAUGUAGAUAAUACGGUUUUUCAAGAUUAAAACUUAGCAAAGCAAGAAAUAAAUAACAUUUUAAAUGUUACACUCAUUUUAUUUACCGCCACAAAAGGCCAUCGCAAGAGUCUUAACUCUGAUUCAAUGUCCAUGUAUGCGAACUAAAGUCACCUACACACACUCCGAUAAUGUGAUACGCCAGAGCAAAAUUCUAGAAAAAUUUUUCGGAAAUCGCUUGACGGGCAGUAAGAAGCGCUGGUAUCCGUUGGAGAAUAAUAAUGCUGUCAGCUGUAGCGGUAUUCAGCAACCGAGCUUUGUUUUUCAAGGCUCUUCAUUUGGAAAGUUUUCCCCGUAUACCAAAAAGCACAACACCCGUCGUAUAUCCGUGUUAAACAAGUUGUUCAUGACAAAAAUCACAGACAUGUUAUCCACUGGAGCGGCAGUCCAAUCGAUUGUAGGACUAGGUCUGCAUGUUACCCGUGUGAAGAUUUCAAGCGACUUCUCCCAUAUUAAUGUAUAUUGGCUGGGCCGCACAGAUGAGAAUGAAGGAGGUGCUCUCGAAACAGAGCUGUGGCGCUAUAGCAGUCAACUCCAACAUGAGCUCACACAACUGCGUCUUAUGGGUAAAAUGCCCCGUAUAAAAUUUGUUCGCGACAAGACGGCUAACAAUCUUUAUCAACUGUGCGGUAUCCUCUCAAAUCUAAACUUAAAUACACACUUAUUAACAAAAAAGUGUAUGGACUAUUCGGAGAGACAGAAAGUUUUAUCAACGUACAUGCCUUGGCCCAAAAUGCGCCAAAAUGUUCUUGAGCUUAACCAUACCCGUAUUGUUGACAAGAUCAUAUGCAAAAUACGCAAGCUUAAAGAAGCCUGGGUAGAUCAUCUUCAAUAUUAAUACGCACAAAACGCUGCAUGUACAUGUUCUUUCAAGGGCGAAGUGCAUCAUUAAUUUUUUUGUAUUAUUAAUUGUUUAUUAAUUUUUUUCAAUUUGUUAUCAAUAAAUAAAUCAAUUGACUGGAUAAAAAUAACGGACAUCGAAUUUAUGGGGCUGUCAAUAUUCCAUAUACAUGUUCUUCUAUGUAGAGUAUACAUUAGCAUACUGUUAUUACUAAAUGCCGUCUUUCGCCAUAUACAUAUAUCCGCUUUGAAAAGCUCUAUAUCGACAUUAGCAAAUAUCUAGAUAUUUUCCGUUUUAAGAAAUCAAAUAUUGGGCAAAUAGUGUCUUCGUACUUAUAUGUACGGGUUAAAUCCCAAUCAAAUUAAUACAAAAUUCAACAAGAGUUCUUAACAUUAAUUAAUAUAUCGCAUAGAUUUUAAUAUUAUGUACAUAUACAUUACAGAACAUACAUAACUUUACAUCUUACUAUUUAACCCACUUUAAAAGCUAGAAAAAUAAAAAAAAACACGUUGUUUUGUAUAUAAAGUUUUAACACUUCAGAUUUUAUUUCACGGAAAUAAAGGAUGAAAUGAUUGAGCUAUUCAAAAUGUUUCUGGGCUAUGAAAUACAUUUUUUAAUCGCGAGCUGCAAAGUAAACCUUUAUUUCA